AUGAGGCUGACGCUCCCUAACCCGGGUCUGGAGGAUCGGAUCCUGAGCCACGCUGAGCUGGAGAAGCUGGAGGUGGAGGAGGCCGGAGAGAGGCCCAAAUGGGACAACAAGGCUCAGUACAUGCUCACCUGUGUGGGAUUUUGUGUGGGACUCGGGAACGUCUGGCGCUUUCCGUACCUGUGUCAGAGCCACGGGGGAGGAGCAUUUAUGAUCCCGUUCCUGAUCCUGCUGGUGCUGGAGGGAAUCCCUCUCCUCCACCUGGAGUUCGCUAUCGGGCAGCGCCUGAGGAAGGGAAGCGUGGGGGUGUGGAGGACCAUCAGCCCCUACAUGGUCGGCGUCGGUAUCGCGUCCAUGUGCGUCUCCUUCCUGGUCAGCCUCUACUACAACACCAUCAUCGCCUGGGUCAUGUGGUACUUCUUCAACUCCUUCCAGGACCCUCUACCCUGGAGCCAGUGCCCCAUCAACGCCAACAUGACAGGGCCCGUGUCGGAGUGUGAGAGGAGCUCGCCCGUGGAUUAUUUCUGGUACAGGACCACCCUGAACACCACCUCCACCAUCGACGAGUCGGGGGGCCUGCAGUGGUGGGUGGUGCUGUGCCUGAUCUCCGCCUGGGCCGUCCUGUACGUCUGCUGCAUCCGCGGGAUAGAGACCACCGGCAAGGCGGUUUAUGUGACGUCCACGUUACCCUACGUGGUUCUCACCAUCUUCCUCAUCAGAGGUCUGACGUUAAAGGGAUCCACUAACGGAAUCAUUUUCCUCUUCACACCUGAUCUGAAUGAAUUAGCAAAUCCUAAUACCUGGCUGGACGCUGGUGCUCAGGUCUUCUACUCCUUCUCUCUGGCGUUUGGAGGCCUCAUCUCCUUCUCCAGCUACAACUUAGUACAUAAUAACUGUGAGCAGGACGCUGUAAUCAUCUCCAUUAUUAACGCCUUCACAUCAAUCUUUGCUGCCACUGUUAUCUACACCAUCAUCGGCUUCAGAGCCACCGAGAGGUUCGACGACUGUGUGGGGAAGAACAUCCUGACUCUGCUGAACACUUUCGACCUGCCUGAGUCCAACAUAACCGAGAGCACCUACACACAAGUCCUGCAGCAGCUCAACGCCACGAGUCCGGAUAUAAUCCAGGGACUAAACCUGCCCACCUGUGACCUCAACACCUUCCUCAGUGAGGGCGUGGAGGGAACAGGAUUAGCCUUCAUCGUCUUCACCGAGGCCAUCACCAAAAUGCCUCUGUCCCCGCUGUGGUCCGUCCUGUUCUUCGUCAUGCUCUUCUGCCUCGGCCUGUCCUCCAUGUUCGGGAACAUCGAAGGCGUCCUGGUGCCUCUCCAGGACCUCAAGAUCUUCCCCAAACGGUGGCCUAAAGAGAUCAUCUCAGGUGUGACGUGUUUCCUGUGCUGCAUUAUUGGAUUAAUAUUUGUCCAAGGAUCAGGAAACUACUGGCUAGCGCUCUUCGAUAAUUUUGCCGGCUCCAUCCCGCUCCUCAUAAUUGCCUUCUGUGAGAUCGUAGGUGUGGCGUACGUCUACGGUAUCGACCGGUUUAAUGAUGACCUGGUGUUUAUGAUCGGCCACAAGCCCAACAUCUUCUGGCAGGCCACGUGGAGGUUCAUCAGCCCCCUGCUCAUGCUGGUGAUCUUCUUCUUCUACUUCGCAACCGUCAUUUCCAAGCAGUUCACUUACAUCACGUGGGAUCCUGAUUCGCCUAAAUUUCCCACUCUGGAGCAGAAGUCGUAUUCAUCGUGGAUCUACGUCAUCAUCUUCAUGCUGGCCGGGAUCCCGAGUCUCUCCGUACCCGCCGCUGCCCUCUACAAACUUAUACGGAAACGCUGCUGUCAGAGGAACGACUUGCGCUUACACUGA